UCGAUGUUUCCGCACCCUCGCGCACCUGGCGAUGCGACAAGCGUAAAUUUCGGCAACGAGCUAUUGAUAGCGCCUAUCGCUCUUAUCGCUCGUCGUCGCCGAGUAUACCGUUUGAAAAUACCUGCGACAGUCGCGGAAACGUCAUCGAGUUUAUUACUGCGACGCGCAUUGACGCGAUCACCUGCAGUGAAAAGAGAAUAUAGGUUAUGUUCGCAUCCCGCAUCGCUUCUGAGAAUCUCGACAUGAUGCGCGGUAUAUUGACAAUUUUCUCGCAAAGGUACGUAGCUGGCGGGAGAUUUCUGGUAGAUGAGUGCGCUCCGAGAUGCGGACGUGGGUUUUGCACGGCCGCCGCGGAAGAUCGCUCGCCCUUGAGCGGCAUACGAGUCCUGGAUCUGACGCGGAUCGUGGCCGGCCCGUAUUGCACGAUGAUUCUCGGCGACCUCGGCGCGGAGGUGCUGAAGGUCGAGCGACCUGGCAGCGGCGACGAGGCGCGCAAGUGGGGCCCGCCGUUCUUCGAGGGCACGCAGGAGUCGACUUACUUCACGAGCGUGAACAGGAACAAGAAGAGCAUCUGCAUCGAUCUGAAGAGGGGUCGGGACGUUAUUCGUGAGCUGGCGCAAACAUGUGACGUCCUGGUGGAGAAUUACGUGCCGGGCAAGCUGGACAAGAUGGGCCUGGGGUACGAGGACAUGGCCAAGAUAGCACCGCAGCUCAUAUAUUGCUCGUUAACCGGUUACGGGUCCCAGGGCCCGUACGCGAGUAGGCCUGGCUACGACGUGAUCGCUGCGUCCUUAGGCGGGCUCCUGCACAUCACCGGGCCUAGGGACGGAUCGCCGUGCAAAGUCGGCGUGGCCAUGACCGACCUGGCGACCGGUCUGUACGCUCACGGCGCGAUUAUGGCCGCUCUGCUGCAAAGAUCGAGGGUCAACAGAGGCCAGUGGAUACAGUGCGACCUCUUGUCGACGCAGAUCGCGAGUCUGAUCAAUAUCGCCUCGAAUUACCUGAACGGAGGCAAGGAGGCGACGAGAUGGGGAUCCGAGCAUGAGAGCAUAGUCCCUUACGAAGCGUUCCCGACGAAAGACGGGUAUAUGACAAUCGGUGCUGGGAGCGACGCGCAAUUUCUGGAACUGAUUAAAAGAAUGCAGUUACCGGAACUUGCUAGUGAUGACAGAUUCGAGAAUAAUACAGCCAGAGUUAAAAACAGAAUCGAGUUGCUUCGGAUUCUUAGAGACGUAUUUAGCAAGAAGACAAAUCGAGAAUGGUGUGUAACGUUUGAAGGCGCUUCUUUCCCUUACGGAGCAGUAAACAGCAUAAGAGAAGUGUUCGAUGAUCCUCACGUGAAAUAUACAAAGUUGGUUCAAGAAGUGGACCAUCCGAUCACGGGCAAAGUGAAGCUUGUCGGUCCACCUGUGACGUACAGCUACGCUACCAACAUUGUGAGGUCACCACCACCAACGUUGGGACAGCAUACAUUGGAAGUUUUGAAAAAUAUAUUGAAAUAUUCUGAUGAAAAGAUUGAAAGUUUAAUAGCACAGAAAGUUGUGCAAUAAUUAAUGAACAUGUAUCUCUUCAAUUAUUUUUAUAAAAUUCCAACGAAAAAUCUUUUUUCAAUAGAUUAAGAUUUCUAACAAUAAUGUAAGUGGUAAAAUUCAUUUAAAAGUUUUAUUAAUGAAAAUAAUGGUUAUAAUAGUGAAUGAGAAGAAUAUUAAUAUUA